UGGCUGCGCGCAAUGAGCAAACUUUCACUUUCAGCACAGUUCAGUUCAUAAAAGCGGGAGCUGUAUGGAGAGCUCACUCAGCAGGUGAACUGGUCUCUGUAUGUUCAGCGAGAGUCGGGCUGCUUAGUGAAGAGAAGGAAAGAGAACUCCGAAGAUGAUGCAAGUCAAAUUUAUCGGUUGGCACGGGUGGAUUUUUAUAUUUUCUAUCCAACAGAUAUUAUUUGUUUUACUGGCUCAGUCGGAAGGAAAUACUAUACGAUACCAGACCAAUGAGGAGGACGGACCAGGUACAGUCAUCGGAAACCUUGCCAAGGACAUGUCCUUGAGUCUGUCUCAUUCCUCCAAGACCAAUUUCAGGAUGAUGAAACAAUUCAAUGAUUCAUUCAUCAGGGUGAGAGAAAGCGACGGGGAACUCACUGUCGGGGAACGAAUUGACAGGGAAAGAAUCUGCAGGCACUCUCUACAGUGUCUCAUUACUUUUGACGUGGUAAAUUUCUCAAAAGAUCGGUACAAAUUGAUUCAUGUUGAGGUGGAAAUAAAGGACAUCAAUGACAACUCUCCAGAGUUUCCAAACAAGGAAUCUAUAGUGGAGAUCUCAGAGAAUGCAGCAGUGGGGUCCCGUAUUCCUCUGGACCCGGCUAUGGACGCGGAUGUCGGGUCAAACUACAUCCAAAGCUAUCAAAUUUCUGUCAACAGUCAUUUUUCCAUUGAUGUGCUCCUGAGAGCGGAUGGGGUUAAAUAUGCGGAAUUGGUGCUAAUGAAAGAGCUAGACAGGGAGACUCAGUCAUCAUACACGGUGGAGCUGGUUGCCACAGACGGAGGCAACCCGUACAGAUCGGGGUCAACAAAGAUAACUAUCAAAGUGACUGACUUCAAUGACAAUAGUCCCAUUUUCGACCAGAACAGUUUCUCAGUGAGUUUGCCAGAGGACGCACCGGUCGGCACCGUUAUACUGGACUUGAACGCAAUUGACGCUGAUGAAGGUUUAAAUGGAGAGGUCGUGUAUGGUUUCGGAAAACAGGUUUCUCUUGAGAUCCGAGAACUUUUCGAAGUGGAUAAUAAAUCAGGUCGCCUGAUGCUCAAGAGCCCAGUGGAUUUCGAGGACAAAAAAACCUAUGAGCUAGACGUGCAGGCGACUGAUCUGGGACCCAACCCGACCCCCUCCGUGUGCAAAAUCAUAAUUCAUGUCAAAGACGUUAAUGACAAUGCCCCAGAAAUCAGUAUCACUCCGAUGACCUCCAUCACGACAGGCAUUGCAUACAUCAGCGAGGCAGCAGACAAGGACAGCCUAGUGGCGCUGAUCAGCACCUUGGACAGGGACUCGGGCGUCAAUAGCCAGGUCCACUGCACAUUAUACGGCCACGACCAUUUCAAACUUCAGCAGGCUUACGAGGACAGCUACAUGAUAGUUACAGCGGCAGCUCUAGACAGGGAGAAAAUUAGCGAGUAUAACUUGACAGUGAUGGCAGAGGAUUUUGGGUCACCUCCACUGAGAAAGAUCACACAGUACACCAUUAGGCUGAGCGACGAGAAUGACAACGCCCCUCACUUUACUAAACCUGUCUAUGAAGUUUCCGUGGUGGAGAACAAUGCUCCCGGCGCGUAUAUCACCACAGUUGAGGCCAAAGACGCAGAUUUGGGGAACAACGGCAAAAUCACUUACAGACUUUUAGACAGCGUUAUCAUGGGCUCUCCCGUGAACACGUUCGUAUCACUCAAUUCAGUGUCUGGCUCCAUAUAUGCAUUAAGAAGUUUUAACUAUGAAGUGAUGAAACUGCUGGAGAUACACAUCCAAGCAAGUGAUGGGGGGUCACCACAGCUGCAGAGCACUUCUGUCAUCAGACUAAAAAUAGUUGAUCAAAAUGACAACCAACCUUCCAUCAUAGAGCCAGUUCUUUACAAGGGAUCUGCUGAGGUUUUCCUGCCCAAAGAUGCACCUGCAGGUUAUGUGGUAACCCAGAUAAAGGCCACAGAUGCUGAUGAGGGCAUAAAUGCACAGCUGUCCUACAAAAUCACUGAGGGGGGACACCUGGGCUUCUCUAUCAACAAAGCCACAGGGAAGGUGCAUGUGAGCCGCCAACUGACGUACGACCUCACAGACAUCGUCAAAGUCACAAUUUCAGUCAGUGACAAUGGAUCACCUGCUCUGACCUCCACAGCUGUUAUUCAUUUCAGUUUUGUGGAGGGGACUCUACCUAGCAUGCCAUCCCUGGCUCAAAAUGGCAGCAACGAGCUCUUUGAAUGGGACAUGUCCAUAGCCAUAAUCAUUGUCCUGGCAGGGAGCUGCUCUCUCCUCCUACUGGCUAUCAUUCUCAUCACAACCAUUUGCAGCCGCCGAAAAAAAGAGACAAGGGAGGGGGGAUUUGAUGAAAAGGAAGACGUACCAAAUGUGGAAAAAUUGGAAAGUGGUCAUAUUGAUUCAUUAAUUACCAGCCACAAAGGCAAAGUGUUUGAUGCCCAUCCAUUUCCAGAGAAAUCCCCACUGGCCAGCAACAACACAAUAGAGACAGGCUGUGAAGAUGGCAGACAAGCACCAGGCAUCUUUGAGUCAAACAGCAGGAUGAUGGAGGGUAAACUGAAGGGUUACUCCACACUACCGGGAUAUGGAAAAGAAACUGUCAGGCCAAUAACAAUAUGGAAGGGUAAUUCGUUCACAACUAUCUCAGCAAGAGAUCCCCAGAUCAGUGGGAAGGACAGUGGCAAAGGAGACAGUGACUUCAAUGACAGCGAUUCUGACAUAAGUGGAGAUGUGCACAAAAAGGACUCCCCACCAACAAACAGUCUUUGGGCAUGUACGAGCGAGUGCAAGGUCUUGGGCCACUCCGACCGAUGCUGGAGCCCGUCAGCUACAAGGCCCAACACAAGCAUGGCCAUUGGACCACAUCUGUCAACCUUCUCAAAGACAGCUUCACUCCCAAGGGACAGCAGGAGGGAAAAUUACUAUCCAGCUCACAUACCAAAAACCAAUGGUCUGCAAAGUGUGUACGAAAAAGUUCAACACCAGGAAUUUGAUUAUAUACUUGUUGGUCCACCGACUCCAGCCCGAAUACAGGAAACCGAUGAGAUAUCAAUUCCAGAGUACUCACACUCCUAAAAGAACUUUAACAAAUGAUCAAAAAACAUGACAAAAGGGAAUUCAUCUUUACACUGUAUAGUACUUUUAUCUUAAUUGACUCCAUGUUGGAUUGUUGCUGUGUUUUGUAUGUCUUUUGUCUCUUAUAUAGGCUCAUGUAUGACUGUUCAUUGUAUCAUGUGUAAUAUGCAAGAUUUUGUACAUUAAUAAUAUAUUUUUCAUAAUGAUUCAAUGUAAAGAAGAAUUUUAUUAUGAAUUUUCAAGAGCAUGUGUUACUAUUAAAGGGGCAUGACCUAUGGACAUUUAGGCCGAGAAGAGGCCUUUCUGAAGUGGAAAACAAUCAGUAUCAAA